GGCUUAAAUAUCGUACUUAAGCGCAGUCCCACCGUGAGAGGUCUGCCUCCUUCAGACAAUCUCCAGGUCUUCACCACUGUCGUAUUUUCUAAUAUAGGAGGGGAAAACAACUGGUGGCCAAGAUGUCUGAAAAAAAGAUGACAUCGAGCCGCCGGCUCACUCUCAAGAGUUUGUUGCUUGCCAUUGCCAAGACUCUUCUGGAGAAAGAAGCCAUUCAAAUCAUUAAGGACAAGGAGAAUUACCUGACAGAACACUGCCACCCUCUGUCCUUGCCCGGAUCUACACAGGAUUUGCAGGAGCUCUGCAGGAAGCUGCACCAGCAAAUCGACCAAAUAGAUGAAGAGAGAUAUGACAUGGAGUCCAAAGUGCAGAAGGCAACAAAAGAGGUUGAUGAUCUGAAGAUUAAGGUGGUCGACCUGGUAGGCAAGUUCAAGAAACCCGCCCUGAGGAAAGUCAGAAUGUCUGCUGAUCAGAUGCUUCAGGCUCUGCUCGGCUCCAAACACAAGGUGUCACUGGAUCUGAGAGCCAACCUGAAACAAGUCAAGAAGGAGGUCAAAGAAGAGGUUCAAGAAGUCGACUGGCGUAAGAACAUUGAGGACAAGGCCGGUAUGGACGGCAGAAAAAAGAUGUUUGAGGGCGAGGCCUAACGUCAUGGAAACUGUGCAGUCUUUCAUCUUUUUGCAGUAGUUGUAUGUUUGUUCUGGUAUCAGUGCCUCCAACCAGCAUUUGUUUUUAGCAGUAUAUAUGUCCUGAAAGAGUAAUGUAUUAUUGCAGAGCCACUACCAUUAAAUAAAUGCUUUGAGAAAGAA